GUGUGUGUGUGUGUUGUACGUAAUGAAGUACAGGAUGAUGGAGAGGUGGAUGACGCCGGCUGGCUCGGUCCCGCGUAAUAACGGCCGAUCCCGCUAGGGGCACCCUGUGUGUCAGCUCAGUACUGGAGGCGGCGCCGUGACCGCAGCAGCAGCAGCGGCGGCGGCACCGGGAGAUUACUAGCUGUAGGCAGGGAGUGAGGCACGCUCCGGUUACACCAAGCCGUACCGCCGGGACAUGCAGCUGCUGGCAUAGGACGGGGAUCCGGAACCACAGGGACCGGGGCCUCCCCGGUGCCCGGACACACGUUACCGGAGAGAGGAAGCUGGGCCCCGGGGGGAGGCCUCGGAGGCGGAGAUGUCCGGGAAAAUAGAGAAAGCCGACAGCCAGCGUUCCCACCUCUCCUCCUUCACUAUGAAACUGAAGGACAAGUUCCAUUCUCCCAAAAUCAUCAAACGAACUCCCUCCAAGAAAGGCAAGCCGGCCGACCUGACGGUAAAGACCGAGGAGAAACCGGUUAAUAAAACUCUCAGCCGCCUGGAGGAACAGGAAAAGGAGGUCGUCAAUGCCUUGCGGUACUUCAAGACCAUUGUAGACAAGAUGGCCGUAGACAAGAUGGUGCUUGUGAUGCUGCCGGGGUCGGCCAGCAAAGUACUGGAAGCUAUUCUGCCACUGGUUCAGGUGGAUACACACUCUCAGCAAAGCACUGCAAUCUCCUCCUGCUACAGCCGAGUGUACCAGUCUCUUGCCAAUCUCAUUCGCUGGUCUGAUCAGGUGAUGCUAGAAGGGGUGAACUCUGAGGAUAAGGAGGUGGUAACCACUGUGAGAGAGGUCAUAAAGGCGGUCCUGGACGGUGUUAAGGAGCUGGUGCGGUUGAUGAUAGAGAAGCAGGAGCGCCCAUCGCCCACUAGCCCUGUGAAACCCACCUUACCCGCUUCUAAAUCGGACAGUAUCCAAGAGCUGCCAUUGUCAGAGCGAGAGCUGGAGAUUCUCAACAAGACCCCGGAACCGCCUUGCAAGGAAGUUCCAGUAGAUAGUUUACAAACCGAUGAACUGGCUCCACCCAAACCCCCGUUACCUGGCAUACGAGUGGUGGAAAAUUGCCCGCCUCCCGCAUUACCUCCAAAGAAGCGACAAUCUGCACCUUCGCCCACCCGUGUGGCUGUUGUAGCUCCUAUGAGCCGCGCUACUAGUGGGUCUAGUUUACCCAUCGGCAGCAUACAUACCCAGGAUUUUGACGUGAACUGUUAUGCACAUAGACGACUAUCUGGCGGGAGCCAGUCCUACGGGGGCGAGUCUCCUCGCCUAUCCCCAUGUAGCAGCAUAGGAAAGCUUAGCAAAUCCGACGAGCAACUCUCCUCUCUUGAUAGGGAUAGCGGACAGUGCUCCCGAAAUACCAGCUGCGAGACCCUAGAUAACUAUGACCCAGACUAUGAGUUCCUGCAGCAAGACCUAUCCAGCACAGACCAGAUGCUGGGCCAAGGAACUGGAGUCCUCAGCCCUCUCCCCGAGUCCCUAGGAGAAUCUGUUUCCCCCUUUCAUGGACAAAACUUCCAGUUACCUCCUAACAACCCCCAACACUCAGAAACCCCCAACCAGUGUGCUGUAGAAACCCCUCCUGCUCUCCCCGAGAAAAAACGGAGAGGUCCCGUUCCCCACAAUUCCGAUGGCUCCCGAGCCUGCUACGAACGCCACCCCUCCCAAUACGACAACAUUUGUGAGGACGACCCGCUGCUCGCCCCCUCCGUUCCUCCUUUUGCUGCAGUUUCGCCGUUCCAGUGUGGAGGCGCACCUCAGAUUGAAUUCCUAGCAGACUUCUCAGCGGUGGAGUGUGAUGAGAUUCCAGAGAAGCCACCGCCUCUUCCAGAAAAGAAGAACAAACACAUGAUGACAUAUAUGCGUUUCGUGGAGGACUAUUCUGAGCCACAGCCAUCCGUUUUCUAUCAGACGCCGCAGAACGAGCACAUCUACCAGCAGAAGAACAAACAUCUGCGCGAGGUCUAUGGCUUUAAUGAUUCAUUCAGUGGCUCAGACACUGGCAUUGAGCGGGCGCCACCCCCUGCACUUCCCCCUAAACAGAGGCAGCUGGCCUCCUUUGCUGCCUCUUCCUUCUCCUCUGUCUCGUACUGUGCACAGCCAACCAAAGGGGUCUUCGCACCUGAGGACAGCAGCCUCCCUCAGGGCAUCAGUCUCUCAGUCUCUAACUGCUUUCUGAGCCGCCAUGGCUCUUUCCCUGUGCCUUCGUACAAAUCUGUGUUCCGCUCCUACUCCCAGGAUUUUGCGCCUCACAGUCAGUCUCCUGCCCUUCCCUUGCUGAGUCCCUCCAUCUUUUACGCUUCCCGCUUCUCCCCAGUGCUCCCGGAAUCUGUGCACCCUACUCCUGCCAUGCCUCCAGCUACUCUCUGUCCUCCUUUACCCUCCUCUCAGGGCGGCAGCUCCUGCGGGACCCCUCCUGCCUGCCUUCCUUUUGAGCCUCCUUUCUCCGGCUCUUUCCAGACAUCAGCGGAAUCUCCUAUUCCCGAGGAUGGACUCCAGAGAAUUUCAUCACAGCCCUGUGUACCUGGAAACGAGGAUCAAGAGACCACAGACAGGCCGCCAAACUCUCCUGAUGGACACGAUGAAGAACAGGAAGAGGCUGAAGAAAGUGAGGAGACGGAGGAGCUUUCUCUUGUUGACCACAAUGAGAUCAUGGCCAAGCUUACGCUGAAACAAGAGGGUGAUGAUGGUCCGGACGUGAGGGGCGGUUCUGGGGACAUCCUUCUUGUCCAUGCCACGGAGACAGAUAGAAAAGAUUUGGUUCUAUAUUGUGAGGCCUUUCUGACCACAUAUCGGACCUUCAUCUCACCAGAGGAGCUGAUUCAGAAGCUACAGUAUAGAUAUGAGAGAUUCUGUCACUUCCAGGACACGUUCAAGCAGCGUGUGAGCAAAAACACCUUCUUUGUGCUGGUGCGAGUGGUGGAUGAGUUAUGCUUGGUGGAACUGACAGACGAAAUCCUGAAGCUGCUGAUGGAACUAGUGUUCCGGCUGGUGUGUAAAGGAGAGCUCAGCCUGGCCCGCGUGCUGCGCAAGAACAUUCUGGAGAAAGUGGAUAACAAGAGGAUGCAGAGUCACUGCAACUCUGCUAUGAGACCACUCGCUGCCAGGGGGGUAGCCGCAAGGCCAGGAACUCUCCAUGACUUUCAUAGCCAUGAAAUUGCCGAACAACUUACUCUCCUGGAUGCAGAACUUUUCUACAAGAUUGAGAUCCCCGAGGUUUUGCUGUGGGCAAAAGAGCAAAACGAGGAGAAGAGCCCAAAUCUGACACAGUUCACAGAGCACUUUAACAACAUGUCCUACUGGGUCCGAUCUAUCAUCAUGCUUCAGGAGAAGGCACAGGACCGGGAGAGGUUGCUGCUUAAAUUCAUCAAAAUUAUGAAGCACCUGAGAAAACUGAACAAUUUUAAUUCCUACCUUGCCAUCCUCUCUGCCCUGGAUUCCGCCCCCAUCCGUCGGCUGGAGUGGCAGAAGCAGACAUCAGAGGGGCUUGCUGAAUACUGCACUCUGAUUGACAGCUCGUCGUCUUUCCGGGCCUACCGUGCAGCGCUCUCUGAAGUUGAGCCGCCGUGUAUACCAUACUUGGGUCUAAUCUUACAAGACCUUACGUUUGUGCACCUGGGAAAUCCAGACCACAUUGAUGGGAAAGUGAACUUCUCUAAACGGUGGCAACAGUUCAAUAUCCUGGACAGCAUGAGACGUUUCCAGCAAGCUCAUUAUGAAAUUCGCCGGAAUGACGACAUCAUCUCUUUCUUCAAUGACUUCAGUGAUCACCUGGCCGAGGAGGCGUUAUGGGAACUGUCCUUGAAAAUCAAACCUCGGAAUAUCACCCGGAGGAAAACAGAAAGAGAUGAGAAAACAUAAAUUGGGGGAAUGACUGCCAAGUGGACAUUGAAGAAGAGAUCUCCCUGACUGAGGGGGGAAAUCAAGGGGUAGAUGGAGAUAUUCAUCGUGUUUACUAGUUGUCGCUGCCCCCUCCCAAAGAGUUGGGUUACCCCGCCCACUGUCGUCUUGUGUCUUACGUUGUUAUUUUACGGUCUCCUGGACUGUUGCGAUCACACACCGUUCCGUGCCAUGUCUCUGUACAGACCUGUAUCCUAUUUCCCACAAAAUCGGAAAGUCGGACAUAUUGGAUUUUGUGCUGUGGUUUAGGCGACUAGGGCAGACCUUCCCCAUUCAUGAACCGAGGACUAACUGGUGUCAACAAGCUGGUAAAGACUGUAUGCUGAGCCCAGAUCCUUAAAGUUAUCGUUUAGGGUUGUUGUUUUUUUUUUCCCCCCAUAACCCACAGGUUUGUUUUUUACUUUGGUUCUGUUUCUCCUCCACCCCCAGCAGAGGGCAGCGCACAGCUCCUGUAAAUAUCCACAUUCUGUUUCGGAGGGAGGCAGAAGUAAUGUUAUAUGUAUUAUUAUAUAUAUUAUUUUUUUCUUUUAUGCUGUUGCAUGAUAAGUAUACAGAGACUGAUUGUGUAAUGUAUAUAGAGGAGAAAUGACAUGCCAGAUCCUGAAUCUGUGCAAGUGGCAUACCAUGGGAGCAGUGUCUCACAACAGGUCAAAUAAAUGUUUUAAACAGUU